GUAGUAACAGAGAAGGGUAGAAACGUGGAGGGCGGGCCCUGACUGCAUUCGCCUUGUUAUGUAUUCCCGUGAUCGCAUCGCCAUCUUGUUGCAAUCCCUCCUUUACGUGUGAGAGAGCAUUUAUCCAAGGAAUAUAUUUUUACUAUUUUUCUUUCCGACGAGAGGAAGAGAGGAAAAAACAAAGUGCGCGUUCGGGUCAGCUGCGCUCCAGACAGUGCUCCCCGGGGGACCUCGGCUGCGCUUUUUUCUUCUGUCCGCUGCGCUUUUUUUCUUCUGUCCGGGGCGAUCGGGUAGCCUACGGUGAGGGGCGCGCGAUGAGCAUCGAUACUCUUCUGGAAGCGGCCAGAUAUCUGGAAUGGCAAGCCCAGCAACAACAGAUCGCACAUGGUAAGGUGGGGGUACUCAGGUGGGAUCCGGCGGGGGGCUUGCGGGAGAUCACAGUCUAGGUAAGCCUUUAGAAUAGCAGGAUUUGGCUUGGUCGGUUUAUUGGGGGGUCCACACCUACUUAAACCCCGAACGGUCAUGCAUUCCCACCGAUCAGCCUAGGUCCUGCAGGGAAACAUCGUUUUCACUCAAUAACCUAUUCAUGGUCCCUUUACCGGUGAUUCAUGAACAUAGCCUGGCCGACCCUCUACAGUUUGACUAAUGCAUUUAUUUGCAUUUAUCAAUACGGGAGCAGGAGGUAUUUUUCUACCUCGGUUUCCGGGUUAAAUCCCUGCUAUAUAUAGCCUUGCUGCUACUACUAUGCGCGCUCUGUCUGUGUGUGGUUAGUUACACCGUAUCUACUGACAUAUUGCCGCUCGUUCUGCACUCCAGAACGCUUCUGUAUUUGUUUCGGGUUGGCUACAAAGUAUGUGUCGUCGCUUGUUACAAUGUUGCAACUGUGGAUCACACACACGCUUGUUACUAUGUUACAACAAUACAUUACAUGUACUAUGUCGUCGGUACAGCCUUCAGUCUUUCACACUAAUUGAAAUUAGAAACAUAUUUUGUGCGUAAAAGAUAGGCCUAGUAGUGAGGUAUUUUAAGCUUGUUUUGCAGUAGUAGCCUAAUGAUUGCAGAAUUUUGGCAAGGCUACUGCUGGUCGAUGUUGCAAUCUGGUCUCAGAGCAUUUCGUAUUAAUCUGUAUAUAAAUCCGAGACACUCUAUUUAGUAUGAUAUGUUACAUUUGGUAUGGUUACAUAAGACAUAUGGUUACUUAAGGCAAAAACGAAAGGAGGGUGGUUGGUCGAGGUGGACGGUUGGGUGUAUAAUGCUAACGUCUAGCAACCCAAAAGUGCGAGUUCAAAUUUCAUUACGGACAACUUAAUCAUUUUAGCUAAUUAGCAACUUUCAACUACUUACUACUUUUUAGCUACUUUGCAACUACUUAGCGUGUUAGUUAACUCAUAAACUUAACCCCUUGCCUAGCUAACGUUAGCAAGGCACCUAACUAGAAAUCGUAACAUAUCAUACGUUUUUCAAAUUCGUAACAUAUAAUACGAUUUGUAAUUUGUAACAUAUCGUACGAAAUGGGUGCUGGACAUCCACAAGUUAAUACAUACCAUACGAAACAACACAUCAUACUAAAUGGAGUGUCUCGGACUUACGUACAGAAUAAUACGAAAUUAUCUGAUACCAGGUUGCAUAGGGCGGUGGCAGGCAGCAGAACAACCAGAGAGGCUCCUGCAGGCAGGCUCCCUCUUUUACAUAAUGCUCUGACAUUGCUCCGCUAUCUUAUGACACUCCGGGGCGGGACACACACACAACCCUACUGCCUGUCCACGAAAGUAACUCCCACCCUACGACAGAGCUGCGUGUGUGAAACGUUAAACACAGCAUGGGUGUCCGUUUGACUGGGUUGUGAACUGAAUCACAGUUAUUCACAGGAUAUUUCAUAGACGGUUGGUGAUUAUCGCCACAUAUUAGGAAGAGGGCUUUUUGUUUCACUCAUCUGGUGACGUGUCAGUUCAUCCACACCCCCUAGUGGCACAUACAUACCGUGUGCCUAAGAGGACCUGCCCCCGACGACCACGUGCACGCCAGAAUGACUGGUGCACGGGUCACAGUGUGGGGAAAGUAGGGCAACCCCCCCUUCUCUCUUUUCUCCCACCUCCUCAUCUAUCUCCUCCCUUUCUCCCCCUCACAAUGCAAGAGUUAUGUAAUUAACAUUUGCAUGUUUUUAAAUCUGGAGCAGGGCUGAUCAGAAACAUGAUCAAAAGUAUGUGGACACCUGCCAAUCCAACUUCUCAUUCCAAAAUCAUGGACAUUAAUGGGAGUUGGUCCUCCUUUGCUGCUAUAACAGCCUCCACUCUUCUGAGAAGGUUCUCCACUAGAUGUUGGAACAUUGCUGCAGGGACUUGCUUCCAUUAAGCCACAAGAGCAUUAGUGAGGUCGGGCACUGAUGUUGGCCGAUUAAUAUAAUAAUAAUAAUAAUAAUAAUAAUAUGCCAUUUAGCAGACGCUUUUAUCCAAAGCGACUUACAGUCAUGCGUGCAUACAUUUUUGUGUAUGGGUGGUCCCGGUGAUCGAACCCACUACGUUGGCGUUACAAGCGCCGUGCUCUACCAGCUGAGCUACAGAUUAAGCCUGGCUCGCAGUCGGGGUUCCAAUUCAUCCCAAAGGUGUUCGAUGGGGUUGAGGUCAGGACUCUGUGCAGGCCAGUCAAGUUCUUCCACACCGAUCUCCACAAAUAAUAUCUGUAUGGACCUCGUUUUGUGCACAGGGGUAUUGUCAUGCUGAAACAGGAAAGGGCCUUCCCCAAACUGUUGCCACAAAGUUGUAAGCACAGAAUUGUCUAGAAUGUCAUUGUAUGCAGUAGCGUUAAGAUUUCCCUUCACUGGAAUUAAGGGGCCUAGCCGGAACCAUGAAAAACAAAGGGCGGCGCACAAUUGGCCCAGCGUCAUCCAGGUUAGGGGAGGGUUUGGCCUGGGGGGAUCUCCUUGACUCAUCGUGCUCUAGCAACUUCAUGUGGCAGGCCGGGCGCCUGCAAGCUGACUUCGGUCAUCAGUUGAACGGUGUUUCCUCCGAUACAUUUGUGCGGCUGGCUUCCGGGUUAGCCGAGCAGUGUUUAAAGAAGCAGCGCGGCUUGGCGGAUCAUGUUGUUUCGGAGGACGCAUGACUCGACCUUCGCCUAUUCCGAGCCCGUUGGGGAGUUGCAGCGAUGAGACAAGAUCGUAACUACCAAUGGUGAAGCGUGAUUCAUCACUCCAGAGAAUGUGUUUCCACUGCUCCAGAGUCCAAUGGCGGCGAGCUUUACACCACUCUAGCCGACAUUUGACAUUGCGCAUUGUGAUAUUAGGUUUAUGUGCAGCUGCUCAGCCAUGGAAACCCAUUUCAUGAAGCUCCCGACAAACAGUUAAUGUGCUGACGUUGCUUCCAGAGGCAGUUUGGAACUCGGUAGUGACGGUGCCACGUUGAAAGUCACUGAGCUCUUCAGUAAGGCCAUUCUACUCCCAAUGUUUGUCUAUGGAGAUUGCAUGGCUGUGUGCUCGAUUUUAUACACCUGUCAGCAACGGGUGUGGCUGAAAUAGCCGAAUCCAGUAAUCUGAAAAGGUGUCCACAAACUUUUGUAUAUAUAAUGUAUGUAUGUGUGAGAACCUUUUCAGAGCGGAAGAGAAAGGUCAGGGAUUCUGGAAAACUGUGUGUGUGUGCUUACCCCCAUUGCAAUACAGUGGUAGCCCCCGUCCCUCUCUCUCCCUCCUUCCCUGUUUUCUGGUUUAGUUAUCCGUUACUUUCUAAAUGUAAUCCGUUAGUUACUUGUUCAAAAUUGUAAUCAGUAACAAUUUUGGAUUACCCAAAUUUAGUAGCGUAAUCAAAUUACUUUCAGUUACUUUUAGAUUACUUUCCCCUUAAGGGCCAUUAGAAGAAGACCAAAAUGAAUAUUACCAAUUGAACGACAUACAAUUUCCAUAUAUCCCCCAUAAAAACGACAUAUAUAUUAGGAUAAAUCAAUGUUAGAGUUUACAUAGCUGGCCAUACAUUUAUGUUGCAUUUAAAUGUAUGGGUUAUGUAGGCGUCUUCUAACCCAUUGCUUCCUACUUAAUAAUUUGAUUAUGCUAUAUUUUACAUUAAAAACCAAAGUCUGUCAGAUUUCCAGUCAUUCCAAUUAAUUUUAUACCACUUGAUCUUCAAGAAUAGGACUUGGAAAUAUAGAUUAGCCAAAUUGUUUUACCUGAGCAUAACUCAAAAACAAAGGACUUAUUAGCCUACUCUGUUGUUUAUAUUAUUUUGUUGUCAUGGAGAACUGAUUGGGCUCAUUGCUUCGAGUUGAAAGAUAAACGCUGCUCUCAUGGAAUAGCAUGCUUUGUUCACUAACGAAAAGUGCUAUUUGCAUGUGAAAAUGAAUGCCAUAUGCUGCAUUUGCUAUAGGCCUAUUGCUUACGGUUUUUGUUGGUGACACUUUGAUAUCUUGAUCAUGUGUCCGUCAGGCCCAUGAAAAAAAUGAUUUCUCAGCACAAAUUAGAUCGAGCAAUAAAAGCCCCACUCAUGGUCUUCUUAAAAUAAACUCAUUUUUGCCAGCAUGUAAAACACAAUACCACAGAGGAGUUUAGAAGGGAGGAACACCCUCAAACUUUUAUUCCACAUGCUGGAUACUCACUAUGCAGCUGUUGCAAGAGCGAAUUUUUCACUGGCUGGCCACUGGUUGCAAAAACAAUGAUUGAAAGGCAGCUUAAACGUCUUCAAUUCAACCAUUAUUCGGUUAAAAUACACAUAUAAGCCUACAUUUGUGAACAGCCUUCCACAACAACUACAAUCCGUAAGGCGCAAAUAGCUAAAUGAGAGAGCAGCAGUGUGAUUCACAUCAUUGCGCCAUGUAGAUAUAUCAAUAAUAAGUGAUAUCCGUAUCGCCCGUAGGCCACACCCCUGCUGUCGUCCUUACCUCCAAGUUAAUAUUCAAAUUGGAUGUGCUGUAUAAUCUUUGGAUGCCGGCAGCAGUCGCACCAUUGGAAGACAUAACUUGGACUGUAGCCUACAAAAGCCUAUUCCUGAUCCUUUCCCGUGUGAUUCAUCAAACACAUUUGGUGUGUCAUCAUAGUGGUGUCUGACUUGUGGUCAGACUCGCUCAGGUGGAACAAACUUAAACCUGCGCCUUUUUUCAAUGUGUGUGCGUGUCUGUCAAACUUCUAGCAAUGUUGGUUUAGUAAUGUGAGUGUACUGUGUGCACAGUGUAUAUUUGAUAUGUAGUACAUUUAAGCAUGAGGGAACUCCGUGUGUCAACUUUAGUUCAUCUUCUUGCCUGUGGGAUCCCUCGUGUCGUGUGCGUCUAAUGUUGCUAUGGAUCUAUGGUAACUGGUGUUACAUUUAGAGACAAACCCCUUUUGUCUAGUGUGUGUGUGUUUGUUUGUUUUUGUGCAUAUGUGUCGACCUGUGUGUGUACGCGUGCAUGUGUGUCAGCUAUACAGAGUUUGGUCUGCAUUGCCAUAUGUUGCCGGCUCCAAUGACACAGCUGAGUAGACUAGGCCCCGCCCCCUUCAACCCACCAGCCUAUCACAGGCCUGGACCAAGGGCUCUCUGGACACUAUUGGCAAUCGCUGUGAACUCCCGCCCCUCCUUGACGACCAAACGGUCCAAUUACAGCGCACACGCUCUAGCCCAUCAGAGAGCAGAUGCAGGCUUUCAGCGACAGACCCUGUCCUCACGUCCCAUCGGUCUGUCUGCCUCUAGGAUGACAUCAUUGUGUGUGUGUGUGUGUGUGUGUGGAGGGGGGGAGUGGGUGUGUGUUCACCACUUCACCUAAGACAGUUCUGUCUGUGAAACAUGAAUUCUACUACUAUACGAGAUGAAGCCUUCAAGUCCCUACAUUUCUAACCAUCAUCCCCAUUAUCUUCCUCCCCUCUCCCACAGAGGAGGAGCGCCGCAGAGAGGAGGCGGAGUCCAGACGAGCAGAGGUUGUGACCUGUUCGGACCAGCCAGUCAGAUUCAACCAUGUCACCUGGGGGUCAUCACAGCAUUGGCCUGAGUCAUCACAGCAUUGUCAGCACCAGCACCUCUCUCCCUCCUCUCACCCUCCUUCCCUCUCCCUCCCUCCUCCCCCCAUCUCCAUCGCUGUCAUCCCCAUGGUACCCGUUGUCACAGCUACGCCCUCUGUACCGCCCCUUCCCGUCAUCACGACGAUCACUGCCGCGGCAACCUCGCUCCACCUCGGAGGCUCCCAGGUGAUGAAGGGAGGCUCCUCCCCUACUCAGCAGCAGCCAAUCCAGCACCAGAUGGCAGCCCAGGUGAAGGCGGAGCCUAACUUGAUGACGCCACAGAUGGGCGGAAGCCCUAGCCAAUCCCAACCUCCAAUUCAGAUUCCGUACCCGACCUCCAUCAUCACCACCGCCGCCGCUUCCCAACAUGCACUCCUUCCGCAGCAAGCCAUGCCCACGCAGCCACGCCCAAACGGAACCAUCAUGGACGACCUGAGAGGGUUGGACGGGAAGAGACGACCUGGAGGGUGAGAGAAAGUCCUCGUUUUUGAGGUCAUACAUUUUGCAUACAUUUUCACUGAUCAACGACUAAGGAAACUGAAUGAUCCACAAGUAAUAAUGAGUAGUUAUUUAGGAUGCAAGGUGAUUUGUAGAUCAGCCAGUCAACAGGGCAGAGUGUAGUCAAACAUGAGGACAUGUAGUCGAACACAAACAGGGUAGUCAAACAUGAGGAAAUGUAGUCAAACACGCACAGUGUGUGUAACGCAUAAUGCACUCCUAGACAGUUGGUGUGGAAGUCCGUUUUUAUACAGAUGUUGUUAUCUGUGUUUUGCAGAGCUGGAACCAGAGAGGUGCACAACAAACUGGAGAAGAACAGAAGAGCUCACCUGAAGGAUUGUUUCGAUACGCUGAAGAAGAACGUUCCAAACGUAGAUGAGAAGAAGACCUCCAACCUCAGUGUUCUACGCAGCGCCCUGCGAUACAUACAGGUAGGCUACACGGGUGUGUGUGAUGGCUUGUGUGUGUGAUGUCAGGUUGGUGCAUUCUCCUUUUCUCUUUCCCUCUGCCUUUUAUCUUGCUUUGCUUGUUCUCAUUCUAGCUCCCAAUUCAAAUAAAUGUUUUUUUCUUUAUUAGUAUGACUGAAAAAUAUGAAACGCUGCCAAAAUGGAACCGCCAAAAUUCACAGAGAACAUAGCGACAGAGUAGUACACUAAUUACGCUACCAUUUCCUUUUUCUCUCAUUCCCUCCCUCCCUGGAUCCUUGGCCACGUGAGUUGAGAGCACAUGGCUAACGCGAGCUCAGUGACGUCAACCGUUCCUCCCCUCCCCUCCCCCUCCCGGCAGAGUGAGAGAGACACACUGAGCACGCUCUGUUCUGCUGCUGCUCUGCUCUUGCACAUGCUCAGUGGAUUGUCUGAGAGGAGCGCCGUCUCCACGGAGAUGAAAGGGGGGAUGCAGAGGAGUGACGCUGUCUCCACCUCCCCCUCUCUCUUUCUGUCUACAUCUCUCUCUUUCUUUCUCGCACUGUCAUCUCUCUCUUUCUUUCUCUCACUGUCAUCUCUCUCUUUCUUUCUCUCAUGCUUUCUCUUUCUGCGUCUAUCUUUCCCUUUAUACAUUCCUCUCUCUCUCUCCCCCUUUUCCUCUCUUUCUCUCCUCCCCCCUCUCGGUUUCUGCCCUUUAGAACACUUGGUAACCAUAGAGACAGGCGGCAGGUGGUCAGAACACUGCGGGAGGUCCUGUUCUUUACUCAGUGUGUGUGUUUGUGUGUGUCUGUGUGUGUGUGUGUUCACGGGUGUGUUUGUUCAGGAUGUGUUUGUGGGGAUUGUGUGUUAAGUCUGCAGGAUUUGAAAUUGAGCACACGGCCAUGCGAUCUCCAUAGACAAACAUUGGCAGUAGAAUGGCCAUGCUGAAGAGCUGUGACUUUCAACGUGGCACCUUGAUAUGAUGCCACCUUUUCAACAAGUCAGUUCGUCAAAUUUCUGCCCUGCUAGAGCUGCCCCGGUCAACUGUAAGUGUUGUUAUUGUGAUGUGGAAACGUCUAGGAGCAACAACGGCUCAGCCGCAAAGUGGUAGGCCAAACAAGCUCACAGAACAGAACCGACGAGUGCUGAAGCGCGUAGCGCAUAAAAAUCUUAACUCCAUUGAGUUGGUCCCCCACCUGAGCACGCCCCUCAGGGGUGCGUGCUCAGUCCCCUCCUGUACUCCCUAUUCACUCAUGACUGCAUGGUCAGGCACGACUCCAACACCAUCAUUAAGUUUGAUGACACAACAGUGGUAGGCCUGAUCACAGACAAUGAUGAGACAGCCUAUAGGGAGGAGGUCAGAGAUCUGGCAGUGUGGUGCCAGGACAACAACCUCUCCCUCAACGUGAUCAAGGCAAAGGAGAUGAUUGUGGACUACAGGAAAAAGAAGAGGACCGAGCACGCCCCCAUUCUCAUCGACGGGGCUGUAGUGGAGCGGGUUGAGAGCUUCAAGUUCCUUGGUGUCAACAUCACCAACAAACUAUCAUGGUCCAAGCACACCAAGACAGUCGUGAAGAGGGCACGACAAAAUCUAUUCCCCCUCAGGAGACUGAAAAGAUUUGGCAUGGGUCCUCAGAUCCUCAAAAUGUUCUACAGCUGCACCAUCGAGAACAUUCUGACUGGUUGCAUCACUUCCUGGUAUGGCAACUGCUCGGCCUCCGACCGCAAGGCACUACAGAGGGUAGUGCGUAUGGCCCAGUACAUCACUGGGGCCAAGCUUCCUGCCAUCCAGGACCUCUUUACCAGGCAGUGUCAGAGGAAGGCCCUAAAAAUUGUCAAAUACUCCAGCCAUCCUAGUCAUAGACUGUUCUCUCUGCUACCACACGGCAAGCGGUACCGGAGCGCCAAGUCUAGGUCCAAGAGGCUUCUUAACAGCUUCUACCUCAAGCCAUAAGACUCCUGAACAUCUAAUCAAAUGGCUACCCAGACUAUUUGCAUUGCCCCACCUCUUUUUACGCUGCUGUUACUCUCUGUUUAUUAUCUAUGCAUAGUCACUUUACCUCUACCUACAUGUACAGUGGGGAAAAACAGUAUUUAGUCAGCCACCAAUUGUGCAAGUUCUCCCAAUUAAAAAGAUGAGAGAGGCCUGUAAUUUUCAUCAUAGGUACACGUCAACUAUGACAGACAAAUUGAUAAAAAAAUAUUUUUUAUGAAUUUAUUUGCAAAUUAUGGUGGAAAAUAAGUAUUUGGUCACCUACAAACAAGCAAGAUUUCUGGCUCUCACAGACCUGUAACUUCUUCUUUAAGAGGCUCCUCUGUCCUCCACUCGUUACCUGUAUGAAUGGCACCUGUUUGAACUUGUUAUCAGUAUAAAAAGACACCUGUCCACAACCUCAAACAGUCACACUCUAUGGCCAAGACCAAAGAGCUGUCAAAGGACACCAGAAACAAAAUUGUAGACCUGCACCAGGCUGGGAAGACUGAAUCUGCAAUAGGUAAGCAGCUUGGUUUGAAGAAAUCAACUGUGGGAGCAAUUAUUAGGAAAUGGAAGACAUACAAGACCACUGAUAAUCUCCAUCGAUCUGGGGCUCCACGCAAGAUCUCACCCCGUGGGGUCAAAAUGAUCACAAGAACGGUGAGCAAAAAUCCCAGAACCACACGGGGGGACCUAGUGAAUGACCUGCAGAGAGCUGGGACCAAAGUAACAAAGCCUACCAUCAGUAACACACUACGCCGCCAGGGACUCAAAUCCUGCAGUGCCAGACGUGUCCCCCUGCUUAAGCCAGUACAUGUCCAGGCCCAUCUGAAGUUUGCUAGAGUGCAUUUGGAUGAUCCAGAAGAGGAUUGGGAGAAUGUCAUAUGGUCAGAUGAAACCAAAAUAUAACUUUUUGGUAAAAACUCAACUUGUCGUGUUUGGAGGACAAAGAAUGCUGAGUUGCAUCCAAAGAACACCAUACCUACUGUGAAGCAUGGGGGUGGAAACAUCAUGCUUUGGGGCUGUUUUUCUGCAAAGGGACCAGGACGACUGAUCCGUGUAAAGGAAAGAAUGAAUGGGGCCAUGUAUCGUGAGAUUUUGAGUGAAAACCUCCUUCCAUCAGCAAGGGCAUUGAAGAUGAAACGUGGCUGGGUCUUUCAGCAUGACAAUGAUCCCAAACGCCCGGGCAACGAAGGAGUGGCUUCGUAAGAAGCAUUUCAAGGUCCUGGAGUGGCCUAGCCAGUCUCCAGAUCUCAACCCCAUAGAAAAUCUUUGGAGGGAGUUGAAAGUCCGUGUUGCCCAGCGACAGCCCCAAAACAUCACUGCUCUAGAGGAGAUCUGCAUGGAGGAAUGGGCCAAAAUACCAGCAACAGUGUGUGAAAACCUUGUGAAGACUUACAGAAAACGUUUGACCUGUGUCAUUGCCAACAAAGGGUAUAUAACAAAGUAUUGAGAAACUUUUGUUAUUGACCAAAUACUUAUUUUCCACCAUAAUUUGCAAAUAAAUUCAUUAAAAAUCCUACAAUGUGAUUUUCUGGAUUUUUUUCCCUCAUUUUGUCUGUCAUAGUUAUUGUGUACCUAUGAUGAAAAUUACAGGCCUCUCUCAUCUUUUUAAGUGGGAGAACUUGCACAAUUGGUGGCUGACUAAAUACUUUUUUUCCCCACUGUACAUAUUACCUCAGUUAACCUGUGCCCCCGCAAAUUGACUCUGUACCGGUACCCCCUGUAUAUAGCCUCACUACUGUUAUUUUAUUGCUGCUCUUUAAUAUUUUUUCUUUCUUAAAACUGCAUUGUUGGUUAAGGGCUUGUAAGUACGCAUUUCACUGUAAGGUCUACACCUGCGCAUGUGACAAAUAAAAUUUUAUUUGAACUCCAUAUUAAUGCCCAUAAUUUUGGAAUAAGAUGUUUGACGAGCAGUCCAUAUACGUUUGGCCUUAUAGUGUAUAUGGAAGUGGGGGAUGGAAGGAGAGAUGGAGGAAAGGAGAGGGGGAUUGAAGGGGAGAUGAAUGAAGAGAGGGGAGAUGUCAGCUAGAGCAGUAAGCUGGAAAACAGCCAAUUACAUGACUCCUUAGAUGAAAUGACACCUUUAUCUUCCAAUUAGAUCCCUCCUUAUAUACUGUCACUCCCCUGCUCAACCGCAGAAACCCUUGUGGAUGUUGUUACCAAGGAAACGGCUAUGUGUAGCAGCUGUUGCAAUGGUGUUAGAGAUGCAAGGAGACCUAAUGAACACACACACACCAACCUGCGUUUUCCUCUCCUGCACCAUGUGUCAUCAUCAGGAAGGUGUGUGUUUGUAAGUGGUCUGUAAGGGGUUUACAACAAACCUUCACACAGACGGUACAAACUUAUAGGCUAAUCCUGAUCACUGGACUACACACACACAUCUCUCUUACAAAGCUCCAGUAACACUUCUGCAGAGUGGAAUGGGAGUCCUUUGUGUGUUGAGCCGGAAUGGAGUGUUCCUGGCUAGCAGUGGCAGUGAGUGUAGUGUGUUUGGAGGGGUGGGGAGAGAAACUGGCCUCGCUUGUGGCCUCGCAUCACGUGCCUGCUGAGAGUAAACAGCUUUGCUCGCUGAACUCAGUGCCCUGUAGUAGGAUCAUGUGAUGUCCCUCCUCUCGCUCUCUCCAUUUCUCCCUCUUUUUCUUUUGUUUUCUGUCUUCUGUCUUAACCUCUAUUCCAUCUCUAUUAUCGCCACCAGCCUUGUGAUCUUCUGUUCUCUUUUUAAACUUUUCUAACUCUUUCUUUCUACCCUGUGCUCUCUCUUCCUCUCCCUCCCUCCCUCUCUCACUCCCCCUCCCUCCCUCUCUCACUCCCCCUCCCUCCCUCUCUCACUCCCCCUUUCUCUUGUAAUGUUUUUAGUGUGCCUCUGUGUUUAGGAGCCCCUCUCUCAGUCAGCUGCCCAGACCACUCAGUAACUGGGUCAGAGGACCAUUUGUCCGCAUGACUACUGCACACCGCUCUCUCCCUCGCUUUCUUUUCCUCCCAUCACUUCUUUCCCUCGCUCCCUCUCUCUCAUGAGUUUGACUCUUCUACUCUCCAUGUGGUCUGGAGUACACCUACACGUGGUUGGGUCAGUUUUGGGCAGCUGUUAUUGGUUUAAGUGAUAUGUGUGUUAUGAGCAAGGAGUGUGUUCAUGUCCCUUUCUCAGACUCUGCGAAUGAGUUGAAUGUAUGUUCAUGUGUAACUAGCGUGUUGGUACUACAUCUGCUGGUGUGUGUGUGUCGUCUCCCAGACUCUGAAGCGUAAGGAGAAGGAGUACGAACACGAGAUGGAGCGUCUAGCGAGAGAGAAGAUCUCCACGCAGCAGAGACUGGCUGAGCUGAAGAACGAGCUGAGUCAGUGUAUGGACGUUAUGGAGAUUGACAAGGUCCUCAGACAGACUGCACAACCAGAGGACGACCAGGCUUCGACUUCUACUGCCUCAGGUACACACACACAGUUACAGAGAGAUGAGCACACAAACAUUUGCAGAAGAACGCAUGCUGUGUGUUUACCGGGGUUUCUGUUAGAAAUACAUUUGGCCGUCAUGCUUAUCGGUCUAUAGCAGCGUUUCCCAAACCUAGUCCUGGGGACCCCAAAGUGUGUCCUAGCACUACACAGCUGAUUCAAAUAAUCAACAAGUUUUGAUUAUUUUUAAUCAGCUGUGUAGUGCUAGGGCAAAAACCAAAAACGGGCACUACUUGGGGUCCCUAGGACCGAGUUUGGGAAACGCUGGUCUAUAGGUUAAUUAGCAUAAUAUAGUGGAAUUAAAUUGCUGUGUGUGUAUUUUCAUUAGUCAUCAUGUAGCCGUCAUCUUAUUUAUCCGACACAACUGUCACGUGCACAGCAUACAGAGCCUAUUUGUGGGAUGUUUCUCCUGCAGCUCCUCAGCAGGUUGAUGCUGAAGUAAAACUUGUGCUUUUAGAAGCCCAUUCAUUGCGCAACAAUUCUAAAUGCAAUCUUGUGUUAAAAAGUUUUGGUGCACGAUUAAAAAGAGCUAGGCCUACUAUUUUUAUUUCUCAACUGGUAGUUUAAUUGAAGAAUGCCUCCCAUUCUCCAUUCAGGCAACAGGCUAUCAGCACGUCACCUCCACUUUACAAUGUGAGCUGGAGGCAGUAUGCAUUUUGAAAACAUAGGCCUACUUCAUUGUUUGAAACCUGAAUGUUUUACUUCAUAUUAUGAGGCAUGUCUUACCUUGCUUCAUAGUAGCCUAUAGGCAAAUCUGACCAUUGAAACGUGGAGGCAGUUCUUUUAUAGACUUCGUGAGUUCUAAGUUUGGGGAAGCUUACAAUUUAUCCUACCAUUUCUACCGAUCUGUGUGCCAGUCAUGAUUUUCAUAUGCACAUUUUCGUGGAACAGUUUCAUUUUAAUAAAUGUUUUUGUUACUCAAAAUUAUUGUCACUUGGUUAAUCAUAAAAAUCUGAAUUAAAAUGAUAAAAAUCUAAAAGUACUAAUUAAACUAAUGCGAGAGCACCAGCCUCUGCUAUAUGGACAUAUUGAUACACUGUGAUCCAUUGGCGGUUAAAGAAAUGAGCGUGUGGAACUCAUAGCCUAUAGGCCAAUACAGCAGUAGGUCUAUAACUUCCAUUGUCAACUAAGUCAAAAUACAAAAAUCUGAUAAAUUCAGGUUCUUUCAAUUGCAUUCAUCUCUCUACUCAGCCCGUCUGCCUCCCUUUAUCUGUCUUGACUAGAGCUUCUCUUUUUGAUCAAUUCCCCAUUACGUAUGUUUACUACUGGUGACAUAUGUAAUGGGGAAUUGAUCAAACAAAGAAACAAUCAAAGGGCAAACGAUUUACACAAUGAAACAAUGAAUGUGCAAGAAUUGGCGGGAGACAGCUGAGCCAUUCUGGAAAGACUCACCUAUGUCUUCACCACACCUCUCCCCUUCUUUUUGUCUCAACAUUUUUAAUUAUACUCAAGGCACAUUAUCUUCAUACAUAUUUUAGAAGCUUUUCACUGACCGCCGCAACUCAAUAAUCAGCCAGGCCUACUGCCACGCGCUCUGCCCAAAUUACGGGCUUCCUAAAUAGGCAUAUGUCUACAAGCUUGUGAUUUGAAACAAUCCACGGCUCUAUAUCAAUAAAUAAAAAGCUAAUGAUCCUCGAUUCCUCUGUGGCCAAGUCAUGCUUUCUGGUGAAGUAUUUUGAAUGAUUUUUAUUUAUGUAUAGACAGGCGUAAUUCUAUAAUUUUGCCAAAUGUAUUUUACAUUUUGUCUACUUCCUUAGCCUAUUUGACACGCCGCCUAUAAAAAAACCCUCCUCAUAUGCCAUUUCUCUCCUGUUCUAUUGGUUUUCAUAUCAACUUUCUUCCAUUGUCCAGAAGCCAAAGGCAUUAUCCUAGACAUAUUAGCAACCCAUCUAAGUUUCUAAUGGAGAUUUUCAUCUCUGUCACUUAUGAAACCACUCUUAUCAGUUGCGCUGUUUAGAAUGGAGUUUUCCCGCAAAUUGCAUUUUGGCAAAUGUUUGAAAAUUGUGUUUUAUUGGCAGCUUCAUUACAGGAGUUGCAUGUUCUUCUGAAAUGAAUGACCAUCAUCUAUAUGUGAUUUCUGUCAUUCUGAGUAUCGUGGGUGGAUGCCCUAAUGGGUUACGUACCCAAUGCAUAUGGGUCCGGUAAAUUCCUCAAAUGGACGGUAAAUUAAAAUCUUCCCGGUCACGUUGUCCGGCGGCAAAUUUUCCUGCCGGAAACCCUGCCGUAUACAUACCUGUCAAUAUGUGUGAUGUGUUCUUAUAGUGACAUGUACUGUAUGAGUAAUCGCUCUCCCUCUCUCUCUCUCUUUCAGAAGGGGAAGACAACUUUGACCAGGACAUUGAUGAAGACCUCUCCCCUCCUCCUCCACCCUUCUCCCUCCCCAAACCCCCUCCCCCCAUCCUACAGGCCCAAUCACUCCUCACUCCUCACCUGUCCAUCACACACAAGACCCUGUCCUCUGGGAUUCUGACCAGCCCCUCGGGCCCCCCUCCCCCCCAGGCCAUCGCCCCUGCCCCCCCUCCUCACCCCCAUCCGACCAUCCAAGUCUCCCCCAAAGUCAUCGCCCACGCCGCCGUCUCCCACCCCUCCGUCAUCCAGGCUGUCAAUCACAUCCUCCCGGCCAAUCACAAACACCUCACGCACAUCGCUCCCUCCCCCGGUCCUGUCUCCUCUAUCCCGCAGCCAAUCACAGCAGCCGCCGCCGCUGCCCACCAGACAAUCACGGCCCAGCCCAUUGGACACAUCACCGUCCACCCUGUGGCCCACCUGGGAGGUCCCCUGCCCCCCCACAUGUACCCCCAGGGAUUGACGGUCUCCCAGCCCACGGUGUUGGGGCACAUUACCCACACCUUCACCCACCACACCCUUCCCCACUCCCAGGGCAACCUCCACCACGUCCAGGCUAGCCAUGCUACCGCUAACGUGCCCCAGGUCAAUGGGGCGGCAGUGCCUGGCCAGGGUGGCUCGUCCCUGGGGAAGCCCACAACCAUGCUGGCCCACCACCAUCACCACCACCCACAGCUGGUGGGACAAACCACCGUCCUCAACCCAGUCACCAUGGUGACCGUACCACCCUUCCCUGUUAGCACACUCAAACUGGCCUGA